AUGAUGAGGCGGCGGUCCUGUUUGGUAACCCUCCUUCUGACCUAUGCUUGGGCUCCAGUAUCCAGUGGGUUAAGUGCUUUGUCGCCUCCUCCAGCCAACAGCAACAGUAAUGUGCCAAAGGAGAUAUCAGAGUUCCAGAGCCUGGAGAAAUCAGCCUUCCAGCUGGAAGGUCCAUCAGAAACAGCUAAUAAUAAUGGAGUACAUUCCAAUGGGGUUGCUAAGAAGACACAUGCUGCCAUUGUGUUGAAUACCAAUGCCCGUGGAGUCAGCCAAGACCUGGUUCCUGUGGCGGAAUCGAUUUUUGGCAAGGCUUAUGUUUUUGUGACCAACACGGAAGAGGAAGGCAAGGUGGCCGCCGCCAAGAUAAUGCAACCAGACAGCAAUAUCUCCAUGAUUAUUCCAGUGGGAGGAGACGGCACUCUUAGCAGCAUGAUCAAUUUUCUAUGUGGUGAAAUCAUGAAAAACAAUCCCGAAUUCACGUCAAUGGACCAAGCCAUGCAAGCACUUCCUCUGGUAGCCUAUGUCCCACUGGGAACUGGAAAUGGAGUUGGAUCAGUGGUGGGAUCUGAAAUGCUCUCCAAUCCUCCCUGGCAAAUACUAGGUCAAAAACGAAGAAAACUUCGUCAAUUGAGGAGAAUGUUGACUGCCUAUCAACAAGUGGUGGAAAGAAUCAAUGAAGAUCCCAAUUUUCUAGAAUCCACAGAGAAUACCUUUGAUUUGGUGGAUCUACCCAUGAUGGAGGUGUCUUAUCCCGACUCAAAGAAACAUGAUGAUACCCUGUGUUUCUUUGCCGGUGCUGGGUUUGACUCGUUAAUGCUUCAGGACUUUCAAUCCAUCAAGAAAUGGGCCAUUCGAACAAAAUUCUUGACCAAGACACUCAGUUCUGUGGCUGGAUACUGCGUGGCAUUGGUCGUAAAGACUCUCCCCAAAUGUGUGGCGCGACAAGAACACAACAUUCAUGUAAAGGUCACCACCCGAGAUCCCGAUUGUUUGUGGGUAGAUCAUCGACGAGGGGAUGUGGUGCAAUCGGUGGGACCUACUACUACCAAGAGUAACAACGCCGAUGAUGAUGACACGGUACUGUACGAAGGUACCACGGGUAUUCUGGCAGCCGGAACAUCUCCCUUUUACGGUGGAGGCCUCCGGUUGUUCCCCUUUGCCCGCAUCACCAAGGAUAAGAUGCAUUUGCGAUUGGGACGGAUUCAUCCAUUGCGAGGAUUCUUUAAUAUUCCCCAGAUCUUUGAAGGCUCCUUUCGGGACAAGAGCUUGUCUUCGUUUGGUUGUCUAGACUAUAUUGGCGGAGACUUUGAUAUUUUCAUUACAUCUACCGUUACAACCAACAACUCGACCGAAACAGAGGAGACAAAGGGAUUUCCAGUACAGCAUUCGGGUGAAAGUGUAGGGUACUUUGAACGAUUUCGACUUCGGGUUGUCAAGACUCCAGUGAGGUUUUUGACAUUGAUGGAAAAGCGAGUGAUUCGUGAAGAGCAGAGAAAGUGA